AUGGAUGUUCAGCACAGAGAAUUUGUGAAGGAAUCGAGCAAAGAAAAGUACAGGACAGAUUAUGAACAUCAGAAUAAGGUAAAGAAAACAAGCAUUGAGAAGUAUAAGAUAGACUUGGAACAUCAGAGAAACGUGAAGAAAGCAAGUACUGAGAAGUAUAAGACAGACUUAGAGCAUCAGAGGAACGUUAAGAAAGCAAGUACUGAGAAGUAUAAGACAGACUUACAGCAUCAGAGGAACGUUAAGAAAGCAAGUACUGAGAAGUAUAAGACAGACUUACAGCAUCAGAGAAAUGUGAAGAAAGCAAGUACGGAGAAGUACAGGACAGACUUGAAACAUCAAGAAAGGGUGAAGUGUAUAAGCAAAAACAAGUAUGACACAGACUUGGAGCACCAGACUAUCGUCAAAGAGAGAGUAUUGAGAAAAUACAAAGAAAAUGAAACUUACAGGAUGAAAAACAAGGCUGCCAAUGUUCAUAGAUAUCGUACAAAUGAAAGUUUUAAAGCAGCGAUGCAAGAAAAAUCUGCAAGAAGAUAUCAAACUGAUUCUGAAGUUCGGUCAAAAAUGAAAAAUCGCAGUAAAACUAAGUACCAGUUAUCAGAGGACUUAAGGAAGAACAAAAAGAUUAAAGUUACACAAAACAGGAAAUUGAAACAAUUGAACUUGGAACAGGAAGAGGAAGUUAUCAAAUCGUUUAAGAGAUUGGCUAUGGAGGGUCCGAAUUAUGUUUGUAGUUGUUGCCAUAGACUUUUGUUUAAAAAGCAAGUUCAAGCAUGUGAAUACCAGAUGUAUACAAAAAGUGAAUCAGCAAAGUGUAUAUCUGAACUUUGUCUAACAAACAAGUAUUUGCAUGAGUGUUCUGAAUCUUGCCAAGAAGGGUGUACUAAGUCAUCAUUAUGGAUAUGUUACACUUGUCACAGGAAGAUAAUGAAUGGCAAAGCACCAGCUGAGGCUGCAGUGAACGGUAUGAUGCUGGAAGAUGUUCCACCUGAAUUGACAAAAUUGAACAGUUUAGAACAGCAUUUGAUUGCGAUUCACAUACCAUUCAUGAAAAUUAUGGCUCUUCCUCAUGGUCAACAGAGAAAUAUACAUGGACCUGUUGUUUGUGUGCCAUCGGAUAUGAGAAAAGCUGCCAAUUUACCAAUGCAUCACGACGAAAACCUGUUGUUACGUGUUAAGUUAAAAAGAAAAUUGAAUUACAAAGGCUAUUUUGAAUAUCAGUUUGUUAGUACAAAGAAUGUCCUGUCAGCCUUAUCAUACCUUAAAGAAAACAACCAUUGGUACAAGGAUGUGAAAGUUGAAUCAAAUUUGGACGAACAUCCAGAGAGUCAUGAGGAAAUGCCAGAUGCUGUAGUUAAUACAAAUGAAACUGAAGAAGCUGAAGAGGAAAUGGUUGCAUUUGAUACAUGUUUACAACCAAUUGAUGUUGCACAGGAAGUUUUAGACCAUUAUUUUGAUGAUGUGUACAACAUUGCACCAGGCGAAGGUAAAAACCCAGUUCGAAUGUUACAGGAACCUGGUAAUGAAGCUAAGGCUUUUCCUUGUCAUUUCCCAAGUGGUCGAUUUUCCUGGAAUGAAGAAAGGUCAGAAAAAUUAACACUUUCUAGGUACUUUAACAAUAGGUUAAUGAAUGCAGAUAACAGAUUCGCAAAAGAUAGCAAUUACAUUUUCUUUAGCCAGUAUAUGUCUGAAUUGAAUCAAGUGAUUGAGAAAACGCAAAUUUCAGUCAGAAAAUCUCUAUCAAAUUGCACUAGUGGGAAACCAGUUACAUUGGAAAUGUUGCAAGAUCCAAGUACUCUUUCUAGGUUACUGAGAAAUGAUGAUGCUAUAAGAUUUAUGCAACCAAUUAGAGGAACACCUGCUUAUUGGGCAACUGCUCAAAAGGACCUCUUUGCAAUGCUGCGACAAUUAGGAAUUCCAACUUGGUUUUGUUCGUUUUCUGCAGCUGAAUAUAGAUGGAACGAUGCUGUUAAAGUCAUAUUACAACAACAAAACGAUGACAGAAACCCAGAUCAAAUGGAAUGGUCAGAAAAGAAUGAUGUUUUAAGGAAAAAUCCAGUAACAGUGGCUAGAAUGUUUGAACAUAGAUUUCAAAUAUUUCACAAGGAAGUAAUACUUUCCCCAGCCGAACCAAUAGGAAAGGUAGUUGACUUCUUUCAAAGAGUUGAGUUUCAGCAGAGGGGAUCCCCACACAUGCAUUGUUUAUACUGGAUUCAAAAUGCACCGAGUAUUGAUUCUGAUGGAGUUGAAGCUGUAUGUAACUUCAUUGACAGAUAUGUGACAUGUGCUGUACCAACAGAAAAUUCUGACGCAGAAUUAAGGAAAAGUGUCUUGGAAGUGCAGCAACAUAGUAAGAAACAUUCGAAAUCGUGUAAAAAGAAGGGUACAGAAUGUAGGUUCAAUUUCCCAAGGCCCCCAUCCCAAAAGACCUUCAUUACAAGUGUUCAAGAGGAAGAAAGCUCGGAUGACUGUGAAAUUGAUUCUGAAACAAUGGUAAACAAAGCGUAUGCGAAGGACAUAUUAGUUAGUGUUUGGGAUAAAAUACAGGAUGAAGAUGAAGAAAUCCUUACAACAGAGAAGUUAUUUGAUGAUCUGUCACUAACUCAGGAACUCUACGAAGAAGCCCAUAAUAUGUUAUCAUCAAAAAGGUCAAUUAUUCUUAAACGCUGCCCAAAUGAAGUGUGGACCAAUCAAUAUAACAGGUGCUUGUUAAAAUCAUGGGAUGCUAAUAUGGACAUACAGUUUGUAUUGGAUCCAUUCAGUUGUAUUGUUUAUAUUGUUUCCUAUAUUUCAAAGGCAGAAAGAGAAAUGGGCAUGUUACUUAAACAAACAAAAUUGGAGGCCGAAGAAGGAAACUAUGAUGCCAGACAGACAAUGAAGAAGAUUGGUUCAGCUUACUUGCAUCACAGAGAAGUAAGUGCUCAAGAAGCUGUGUAUAGAGUGUGUAACUUGAAGAUGAAGGAAUGUUCUAGGAAAGUUGUUUUUGUACCCGUUGGCGAUAACCCAGUGCGAUUAAGUAAGCCCCUGUCUUUGUUGAAAAAGAAAUCUUCAAAAGAUGAAUUGAUAAAUGACGAAGAAGAUGACGAGAAUGACGUUUGGAUGACAAACAUCGUUGAACGUUACAUGAACCGGCCGGAUAAUGCAGUUUUUCAUGAAAUGUGCCUUGCCGAUUUCUGCUCUGAAUUCAGAGUGCUAGCUAGAUCUCAAGUUCCUAAGACGGCAAAUCAAAAUGUGUUUGAACUACAGAAUGGGAAGGGUUAUGUGCAACGAAGAACCAGAACACAACAUGCUGUUGUAAGGUAUCCUAGAUUCAACGUUGAAAGAAUGUCAGAAAAAUACCAUCAAUCUGUUCUGCAGCUUUUUCUCCCGCAUUGGACAGAGGCACAAUUGAAACCACCAGGGUUUGAUUUAUAUGAAGAUUUUUAUAAAACUGGACACGUGAAAUUUUCUGGCAGCAAUCGUAAACAAUCAGUGAAGACAGUUGUGGAUAUGAAUCAUUCAAGGUAUGCAAGAAAUGAAGAUGUAAUUGACAUUGCUCAGGAAGCAUACGAAAUGAAUGGUGAACCAGAAGAUGCAUGGUCUCGCAUAUGUCCAGAAACAGAGGUUCUUAGAAGGGAAGGUAUAGCACUAAAAAAAGACAACCCGGUACCGCAGGAAGAUAGUGUGGAUGUUAUACCAGAUAUUGACAGUGAUCCACAUAAUGCAGAUGUGAUGUAUCAUGUUCAACAAAACACGAUCUCUAGAGAACAAAUGAUGCCUGUACUUCAAAGUUUAAAUGAAACACAGAGGGAAGUAUUUUACUUGGUGCGCGAUUGGUGUUUAGCAAAAAUUACAGGAGAGAAAUGUGAACCAAUGCAUUUAUUUGUAACUGGAGGUGCAGGCACAGGCAAAAGUCAUCUCAUUAGAGCUAUUCAUUUUGAAGCAUCGCGUUUGCUUUCAAGAAUUAUGUCUGACCCAGAGAGAAUAUCGGUGCUUCUCGCAGCAUUCACAGGGACAGCAGCUUUCAACAUUGGCGGAAAUACUCUACACCACUUAUUUUCAUUAACAAAGUAUUUUCCAUUGCCUUAUGAACCACUUGGAGAACAAAGACUCAGUGAGUUGAGAGUAAAGAUAGGAGAUCUUCAGAUUCUUAUCAUUGACGAAAUAUCAAUGGUGUUCAAAAAACUGCUCUACUACAUACACGAAAGACUGGUGCAAAUUAAGAAAUGUAGAGAACCAUUUGGAGGAGUAUGUGUUAUAGCUGUUGGAGAUUUCUAUCAGCUUCCUCCAGUUAAGCAGCGAAAAGAUGAAAGGCUUUAUAAACAGAACAUGACAUAUCCUAUGGACUAUUGGCUUGACUUGUUUAAGGUCAUUGAAUUAAAAGAAAUUAUGAGACAAAGGGAUGAUAUGCUUUUUGCUCAAGUUCUUAAUUCCCUUCGUGUAAGAGAGAGAAAUGAGCCAUUUACAGAGGAGCAAAGUUCUAUGUUAGAAGACUGUAUCAGGGAAGGACCAGAAGAUGCUCUUCAUGUGUUUUCUACCAACGAUGAGGUAAACACAUUCAAUCUCACUAUGUUACAGAAAUCUUGUGAAAAUUUAUUAGAAAUCGAUGCUAAAGAUUAUAGGAAGGACAAAACAUCUGGAAAAUUGAUACUGAAAAACAAACCUAUGACAAAAUCGAGAAGUGAUGGGCUUCCAAGCACCCUGAUCUUGUCCAUCAAAGCAAGAGUGAUGCUCACAAGAAAUUGCAAUGUAGAGGAUGGACUUGUGAAUGGAGUAAUGGGUCAUAUCUGUCGAUUUGUGUUUGAAGAAAACAGUAAUACAAUCGUUAAAGCUGUGGGAGUUGUUUUUGAUAAUAAGGAAGUUGGAAAAAAGUCAGGACAAAAAACAAAGGAUGGGAAUCUAGUGUUCAUAGAAAGAGUGCAGGAGGAGAUAAAAGACAAGAUAACUACAGUGAUACGGAAGAUUCAGCUCGAUUGCGAAAAACUUUAUAUGCUGAUCCAGAAGUUAAGACAGCAUUAA